AGAAAAAGGACGGCAGACUGGACAGGGAUCGGGGCGACAGCCGGAGCGGGACUUGUAUCGGGGGUUUCGGGGAGAUGCUGUCCCCACCGAGGAGAUGGACCAGAGAUCAGCCUCUGAGCUCUGUAACGUCGUGUGUGAGGAGAGGGCUGUGCUGCAGGCGUCACUCUCUGUGGAUAGUGCUCAUCUUGCUUGUAGUCUCGAUUGCCAUUCAGACCUUUGUCGCCCACCAGGCCAGGAGUGACAAGCUGACAGGACUACAACAUCUGAGAUUCACUGUUAACAAACAGCACCCAUUUCCUAAUCUGCAAAAUGUCUGGGAAGGCUUUCAUUCUCUGUCUUCACUGGGAGUAAAGCAGAAAGCAAGGUCACUACAGACAGAAAGACCUUCAGAUCUUCAUCAUCAGAAUGGGGGAUAUGGAAAGCCUUCAGAUGAUAUUCUGUUAAGAUAUGUGGACAAAAUCGUUAACCUUGCUACAGGUUCUCAGAUGGAGGAAAGAAAAGUUUCACCUGGAAGGCUGCUCCUACCAAAACAUGGAAACAAGUCAGGCCUUGGACUCCCAGACUCUUUGGUCCUCCACAGUACUAGGAAACAUUUGACUGCAGGCACAGAUAAAAGGCUUGUCAACACUCCCACUCCAUCCAGUUUUUUAAAGGCUCACAUCAACAGCAUCCAUACUAACGCAACCUGCCACCCAAAAUCUCAUAUUGUCUUCCUCAAGACACACAAAACAGCCAGCAGCACUAUCUUAAACAUCCUAUAUCGCUAUGGUGAAAGCAGGAACUUGACCUUUGCCCUCCCUCUGAACAAACAUAGCCAGUUGUUUUACCCAUUCUUCUUUGCAUCACAUUUUGUGGAAGGCAUAAGCAGCAGAAGUGUGAGGGAGUUCCACAUCAUGUGCAACCACAUGAGGUUUAGAAAAUCUGAGGUGGCAAAAUUGAUGCCUGAGGAUACGUUCUACUUUUCCAUCCUGAGGCAUCCUGUGGCCAUGAUGGAGUCCAUCUUUAUUUACUACAAGAGUAUCCCAGCCUUCCGCAAGACUCACAGCUUGGAUGACUUCCUAGACAACAGCUCGAAAGACUACAACUCAUCAGUGACCAACAACCACUAUGCUCACAAUAUCCUGGCCUUUGACUUUGGGUUUGACAACAACAUUGCAUUUGAUGCUGAAGACCUAGAGGAGAAGGCCAGCAUGGCUAUUGCAGCCAUUGAACGGGACUUCCACAUUAUUCUUAUUUCUGAAUACUUUGAUGAGUCCAUGAUCUUGCUCAAACAUGCCCUUUGCUGGUCCCUGGAAGACGUGGUUUCCUUUAAGCUCAACAGUCGCAGUGAACAAACUCGUCACCAACUUUUACCAAACACUGCAGAGAAAAUCGAGAGGUGGAAUGCUUUGGACUGGAGGAUCUACCUGCACUUUAAUACCACCUUCUGGCACAAAGUGAAUAUUCUGGUUGGUCAAGAGCAGAUGAGGAGAGAAGUAUCUCAGUUGAGAGAGCGACAGGUCAAGCUAGCAAACACCUGCUUGAAAGAUGGCGGGGCAGUCGACCCAUCCCAGAUAAACGAUGCUGGGCUGAAGCCAUUCCAGUAUGGAGCAGCUGUCAUUCAGGGCUAUAACCUAAAUCCACACAUAGACAGACAAACCAAAACAAAAUGUCAAAGACUUAUAACUCCGGAACUGCAGUACACAGACCGUCUGUACACCCAGCAGUUCCCUGAGCUAGCACCUAAGCAUAGACAAGCAACAAGGAUGAUUCCUCCACAACGUCAACGCUCAAACAGAACUGCUAUGAUGGGAAUGGUCUGGGCCAGGGAAGCCCAUCACAGACAGUUCAUAAAACGCAAAUUUUUAAAUCUCAAGAACCAAAAGGCCUCCACAAGUGCCCUGUCAACGCACACAGAAGCUAACAACAAAACAAGUAUGCCAUGAGUGGUAACUGUGACUAACAGAUGAUAUUCGAUGUUCAUACUGUCAGAUAUGAAAGCAGCUGUUCUAAAGGUCACUAUCUAUAUAAUAUGAAAACAUAUAAAGUGUAAAGCAACUAAUGAUCACCUACAGAUGGCAAUGACCAUUACUAGCCACAAAAUGAAAGUGUGCAGAUGGAAAAAACAAUAUAUUAUUUUGCAGUUUUUAUAGCCUUACCAGAAGCAAAGCUUAAAAUUUAAAGUUUUUCCUCAAAGUGGUGCUAGACGACCUGUCACACUACCCAAAAAUGGGAAGGGGUUCAUCAUGUGAACACCAUGAAUUCACAACGAUUGGUGGCAAUCAGCCGGCGAUACAAGCUGUACAAGCCCUGUACAAGUGGAAAAUAUGGCCUCACGAUUCCACCAAACAAAACUCUUGCUAUCACCAAAAGAGCAUGGUUCAGCCUCUUUUGAUCAGGAAUAUCUUAAGCAAAUUUUCUAGUUCAAGUUCAAGUUUAUUUGUCAUUUGCACAAUAUGUGAGGAACAACCACAAUGAAAUGCUUGGGGUUAGCCUUAGGUAUUCUACAGCUAUAUAUAUAACUAACCAAAUAUAUACAUAAUAAGUAAUGAAAGAGGUUAUAUCUAAGAGAAAGCCUGUGGCUCAAGAGGUAGAGGGGGUUGUCCACUAAUUGCAAAGUCAGCAUUUGAUUCCCGGCUCCUGCAGUCCACAUGUCAAAAUGUCCUUAGGCAAGAUACUGAACCCCAAAUUGCCCACUAUGUAUUAUCAGCGCUGUAUGAAUGUGUUGGAAUGGGUGAAUGUGGCUUGUAGUGAAAAGUGCUUUGAGUGGUCAAUAAGUCUAGAAAAGCGCUAUAUGAAUUUAGUACCAUAUAUUAAAAGAGGAAGAUAUAUAUAAAUAGGAUAAAAAAUAAUUACCGUAUAUAGUACGAUUGUAAAGGACUCACCUCAGUUAUAAAGUAUAAAAGGUGUGACUGCACAGGUCUCAUCUGAGUCCUUAACAGCUAGUGCAAUGCCCAAAUCCAAGUUAGUCCUUAGCAGCAGUGGGUGAGAUGAGGUGGUCAUAAACCAUUUUAACAUACUAAAAGUGUUAUUCAGGUGUGGUUAUUCAGCGUUCUGAUGGCCUGCAGGUAGAAGCUAUUCUUCAACCUGUUGGUUCUUUAUGGGAUGUUGUGGUACUAUCUACCAGAUGGAAGUCUGAUAAACAGGUUGUGUGCUGGGUGGUUGCAGUUCUUGAUGAUUUUGUUUGCCUUUUUUCAGUUUGCAUUUGCUAAUAGAUGUCCUUAAGGGCCAGGAAUUUGUUGCCAAUAAUAAGGUCUGCUGCUCUCACCACUGGAUGGCCUCUCUGGGGGGCCUUUUGGUCACUCCUGAAUCUGACAGUGAUGUAGCCAGUCAGGAUGCUCUGUGUGGUGCACUUGUAGAAGUUGGUUAAAAUUUUCCUUCUCAGGAAGUAGAGUCGCUGAUGAGCAGAUUACACAUCAUGUUAGUGUGAAGAGAUGAAAAUAAUGUUGGAGCUUUUCCUGGCAAUGCAGUCAUGUGUAAACAGAGAGUACAGGAGGGGACUGGUUAUACAUCCCUGUUCUCCUGUGCUCAGAGUCAAUGAGGUGCAGCCAAUGAUUUUCAUCACCUGUGUUAUGCUCGUCAGAAAGUCCAUAAUCCAGUUGCACAGAUGGAUGUUGAGCUUGGAUGGAAUGAUUGUUUGAAAAGCUGAGCCGUAGUCGAUGAAAAACAUUCUCAAAUAGGUGUUUUUCCCAUCCUGGUGUGAGAGGGCAAUGUGUAUCACCAGAGCAACAACAUUAUCUAUGGAUCUGUUUGUUUGGUAUGCACAUUGAAGAGGGUCCAUAGAGGCUGGGAGGGAAGAAAAGAUAUGGGUUUCGACAAGCCUCUCAAAGCACUUCAUGGUGGCGACAGGGUGGUAGUCAUGAGUCCAUGACAUGACUCCAGAACUCUUACGGAUUGGGACAAAGGUGGUCCUCUUGAAGCAUUUGGGAAUCAUAGACAGGUUUAGAGAGAGGUUGAAAAUGUCAGUGAAAACCUGAGAUAACUGUUUGGCACAUGCUUUAAGGAGCUUGUCUGUUACGUUGGCAGAUGAUCCCACAUCACAAUGCUUCACACCUUUGUAGUCAAUGAUAGAACCCAGGCCAUAAAACAUGUGCUUGAGAUCAGCUCCAAGAAAACUACAAAACUCAGCGUUUUCUGAUCCGUUAGCGCCUUCCAAAGGAGGUAUGACCGUUUCUGAUCUACUGCCUCCAUGGUAAAGGGUUGGAUAAAUUUGAAAAGUACAUGGUUGACACUAGAUAACAGUAAUGAUUAUGGUUAUAAGAAACCAAAGUUUUCUGCUAUUAGGAGAUGGGAUUAGAGCAGUACUUUGUACUCCUAACCAACAGCAUCCUCUGGCACUGUAAUGGUGACACAUUACUGCCACCAUUGCUUUUCAGAGACAACAGUCAUUAUUCACUUGACUACUAGAGGUUCCUUGACAAGAAGAAAAACAAAGUUUAUUUAAAUGUUUGACCCUGUGACCACUGCUGUUGUUUUUAUAGAGAGGACAGUCUCCCAUCAUGAUGCCCAGUUUCAUAGAAACCUAACCAUCAGUUUUCGAUGAACCAUUUUAUAUUGAACAUCUAGUUUCUGGUUUAUUAGGUACACCCAGCUACUUCCAAUCUAACAGCAAUAAAUCCGACAUUUAUCAAGCUUAUCAUGUUCAGUUUUUGUUGAAACAGUCAGAGAUGUGUUGAUUCAACUCUCAUGGUUAAGGCUACAGUAAGCAUUAUUAUAGUUGUUGUAGUUAACUAAUACAUUAACUGUAUUGCAUUGUAUUGAAAGGUCUUUCAACUGACAUAAACCUUUGUAUAAGUACGAUUUCAUGUCUUUGUGUUCACGACUGAGCUGGGGUCAGGACGUGGUUAGCCUAGCUUAGCUUAUGAGGCAGGGGGAAACAGCUUGCCUGCCUUUGUCCAGUGAAAAAAACCCGCCUUCCAACACCUUAAAAACGAUUAACACUGUCUCUGAGGUUAGGGCUUGGGUCACACUACAAACUGUCACUUAAACUGUGUAUUUAUUAAACAAUUGGGAUACAACAUGUUAAUUAGUGGACUUUAGAGGUGCUGAAAGGUGUAUUUUGGAAAUAACCAGGCUAGCUGUUUCCGCAUGCUUCCAGUCUUUAAGCUAAGCUAUGCUAACAACAUCCUGACUCAAGCUCCAUACUUAACACACAGGCAUGACUGAUAUCCUUCUUUACUUAACUCUCAGAAAGGAAGUGUACUUCCCAAAAUGUUGACCCAUUCUUUUAAUAAACAGGGCCAAAAGGUUGAGUAACCCUGAUCUGUUAAAAUAAUUCUUUUUCAUGUUAUCUGCAUCUUUCUGUCUGUGAAUUCUGAUUCAUUAAUACUGAUAUGAGAUUGAUAUUUGUUUCUUAUGACUUAAACUUGGAAGACUUUCCGUCUCUAUUCAGUCUCCAUCGAUCUGUUCAGUGAUUUUCCUCUGCCGUUCCCUAAAUGAAGCUUUAUUCAUGUUUGACAGGACCAUAGUGAUUUACAUUUACAUUCAUUCAUUUGACUUAGUGAAGCACCUUAGGGUUCAGGAUCUUGCCCAAGGACACUUUGGCACACAGACAGGAGGAGCCGGAGAUCGAAACACCAACCCUGCGAUCAGUGGGAAACCUGUUCAGUGGGAAACCUGUUCUACCACCACCAGAAGAUAUUGUAGAACAUAGAACAUAUUGUGAAGAGAUUUUAUGUCAUUUCAGGUAAUGUCAGAAAAACUUGAGAUGACUUCAAAUAAGCGUCUUUGCUUGGACUUUCAAGAACAUAUCUCCUUUUGAUUCUAUUUUUCAUAUGAGGUUCAUGGUAAGAACGGGAUUACUAUAGAAUCUUAAAGCAGGAGAAGAAUCUUCCUUUCUUAUAAAAGGUGUUAUAUACAAUGUUUUCAUUCUUAGAAUAUCAAGUGAAAGUGUUUCAUUGAAUUAAAUUUAUGUUUUCACAGUCUUACUACACUUUAAUUAAGUAAUGAAAAAAAAGUUAAGUUUGAUCAAAACAACACAUAUGAAUGAUGUUUAAGAAACAACAUUAAAGGAAUUAUGAUGAUCUUGAUGACUUCUGUAAAAAUAUGUUAUAUUUUCUUUUUUUUUUUAAAUCGGUAUGCUGAAUAUUGAUUGUAAUAAUAAUAAGUUGCUGUGUGUUGACUUGAAGACUGCAAGUAUGCACAGUGCCAUCAGUACCUUUUUUUUUACAGGUUCUGAUGGCAGCCCAAAGUCCACAUUUUAAGACCUGCAAGCCUGUUGCACCAGCUGAACCUACUGUAAGUUUCUUAGUAAAUUCUAGCACUAACUGCUAGGUUGUAACUAGUUCGUUUCACAAUAAAAUCACCAUCAUCAAUCUACACUCAAUAAUCUGUAAUAACAAAGUGAAAAUAGUAUUUUAGAAAUUUUUUUAGUUUUAUUAAAACUCAAAAACUGAUAUCUCUCAUUUACAAAAGUAAUCAGACCCUUAAUUCGGUACUUUUUAGAAGCCCCCUUGGCAGCAAUUACAGCUUCAAGUCUUCUUGGAUAAGUCUCUACAAGCUUUGCACAACUGGAUUUGGGCAGUUUAUGCCAUUCUUCCUGGCAGAUCCUCUCAAGCUCUGUCAGAUUGGAUGGGAAACACCUGUGAACUGCGUCUUCAGGUUUCUCCAAGAUGUUAUAUGGGAUUUAUGUCUUGGCUUUGGCUGGGCCACUCAAGGACAGUCAGAGACUUGUCCUGAUGCCACUCCAGCAUUGUCUUGGCUGUAUGCUUCGUUUCAUUGUUGUGCUGAAAGGAAAACUAUCAUUGGAGUCUCUGGUCACGAGCACUCUUGAACAGGUUUUGUUCAAGGCCCUCUCUGUAUUUGGCUGCUUUCAUCCUUCCCUCAGUUCUAACCAGUCUCUCUGUCUCUGCCACUGAGAAGCUCCCCCAUAACAAGAUGCUGCCACCACCAUGCUUCACUGUGGGGAAGGUAUUAGCCAGGUGAUGAGCAAUGCCUGGUGUUCGCUAAACAUAGUGUUUGGAGUUCCAGAUGGUAAACCCAGACAUGUUUCUUAAAGCUCACAAGGAGCACCUGAAUACGCCAAUAUUUUGGUCUCUGUGAGACUAAGUGCUUCCCCCUGGUGACGUACACAUGAAUCCUCUGUAAAUAUUGUAGAGGAAGAUCAGGUUCAAGCCACUAGCCUUCAGUCCUCUGAAGGACACAUUCUCAUAGGCUGAGUCGUUCCAAGAAGGCACAGCUUUAUGUAGUAAAGCAUUCCACAUAAUGAACUGAUUCAUUAAGAGAUAGCAUUAUGUUUGUGGUCUAUUCAUUGGUAGUCUAUAUUUCAUUUCACUUAUUGGUUUUGUUUCUACCUGUGCAGAAUAAACAGCUGAACCAGAAGCUUGUCUCCAGAAUCCUUCGAAAACUUUUUAAAAUGUUAUAUCUACUGUGUUUGAAAAGGAGAGGGGUAUAUAAAGGCACUUCACUAAAUGAAUGAUGGAAGCAAGUAUUAAAGUGAUACUCCACCCAAAAUCCAUCUUCUCAAUAUUUAAAACUUUAACACUGUACAUUUAAAAAGGCAGCUGUAAAAAGUUUGUAGUUUUUUUUUCCAGACACUCAUACUUUCAUGAAAAUAUUUCUAAAUACUAAAUACGUUUGUUCUACUACUUACAUAAUAUGUAGUCCUUUAAGAUCACAAAACAAUCCUGUUAAAUUUUUGUUUUAAUUACAGAAUUUUAAAAGAAAAUUUUGAAUUAGCAUCUGAAUCUGCAUCAAAAGCACCCAGUGAUAGACAAUCAUGUGAUUGUCUACGUGAUGUGACAAUGGUAGUGAAUCGCUGCCACCAUGACAAAACAUACUGUAUUUGCUCGGAUUCUCAUUAUAAUGUGAAAAGUGUGUCCUUCCAAUUUUCUUGUAAUUACUAAAUACCAAAUUAUUCCAUUUUACAGAAAAGUUUUGUAAUAAUAAUGUUUAACUUGUAUUGCAAAACGUUCCUGUUAUUAUACAAUGCAUCUCAUCAAAACCCAGAAACACUGCUUGUUAUAUCAAUAUAUACUUAUUAUAGAGUAUGUACUAGCUCUAUGACAGAAAAUGCAAAGCACAGUAUGAAUAAUCUAUCAAUGUCCUGCUCUCUUUAUGUGUUAACUGCCUUCCAUAGGGUAACGUAGAUUAGCAGCCAGUCAAACUCUUUUCAUGAAUCUGGGUGUGAUCAACCAUGUUCCUUUAAUCAAUAUUCCAUGUGAAACACAUUAAAAAGCAUUAAUCUGUACAAAAAACAAGAAUGCAAAAUAGGUAUGUGUCAGUGAAAUUCACUUUCUCCUUAUAAAGUUACAAAUUUACCAGUACAGCAACUAACCACCUGGCAGACAAUGGGAAAACAGCAAGCUCUUCUUUCAAAGAUAUAAACUCAAACUGUCACUAUAGAUAAACAAUAUACAACAAUACUAAAUGCUUAUCAAGUAGACUUAGAACCAUUGCUUUCAGUGGGCUACAGGGAAGGAUGGCUAAAGACUAAGGCCUACAUAGACGGUCAAUUCACCACUGUACUUCCUUCAACACUAUUACCUGAAGAGAGGGCAGAGCAACUUCUCAUUAACUGCAGUAUACAUAUUCCUUUA